GUCCAAUCCAGAAAUCAGACACACUUGUUACCCAGCCAUCAUGACGAAAGCUUAUCUAGAUACCUUUCCCUGCUGCUGCUCAACAGCCCCCCACGUGCAGUUGUUCUUCCCAAGUUCUGAUCGUGGCACUGUGCGCAUUCUUGAUUAAGCUCCGGCAGCGCCGCCUACCCCUCCCCCUUCAGUCCUGCUUUCGAGACACAGGGGUCUUGCUGGUAGCUUAAGCUUCUUCAUCCGCGGUCCGCAGCGAACUCAGGGGACCAGCCUUCGGCUGCAUUCGCCUGGCUCUUUUGCCAAGCUGAAAUGUGCAUCCAAGUUGAGGCUGUGACAGUCCACUUGCCCCGCUGCUCACAGGCCACUUCGUGCUUGGGCUGGCACCGUGAAUCUGACUGGAAUCUUUCUGAACACACAUACACAGGCAUCCCGUCAAGGUAUAUGCCUUCUGCGCUUCGACUGCAGCUGCCCUCAUCUCGACCACAGGUCGGUGUCCAUCCCAGAACCGUAUCAGAUGCAGGACGGGAUUGCCAGCUCGUGCCGGAAGCUUGGUCUUCCAUCACGCCAAGUCCAAUUCCAACACGAGCAGCAUUACGCGAGACUAUGCGGAGGAGGCUUAGCCGCCUCACUUCCGAUGACUCGUUAUCAGAUCUCCAAGAAGCACGUUCCUUCUCAUCCAUGGGUCCCACGGUUGGCCUAUUGGCCAGUUUCAUGCCUCAUUGCAGCUUUCUUCACGCUUUUGAGCACAUCAUCGUUUCAGAGAAGACGUUUUCCACGUCUUCCCUUUCUUGGCGGAUGCUGCCACGUUUUCUAUGCUGUCACGUUUUCCAUGCUGUCACAAACACAUGCCAUUGGCAUCAGAGUAGAUCACUAUGCCUAGCCGGUUAUUGAUGCCGAAUUGUUAUUUGAGAAAGUCGGGGGUCUCCGCUUUAUCAGUUCGCUCAAACGCUCAAUCGCUCAAUGGGACAAAUAGGUAUUGUUUGUUCGGGAUCUUCCUUGUCUUUGGCUGAUAUAUUGUAACAUGUUGCCAUUCUUUUGUUGGCGAGCUCAGGGGGAAACUUCAAAUGCAAAGCGCGCUUGUUGUUCAUUUCUGAUGAUCUGCCCAGUGAGCAUUGUCUUCGCCAGCCCACGGCGGAUCUCCGC